CGCAAAAUUGACGUCUAUGAAAAUCGUAAAUAAUAUAAUAAUUCGCAUCGCAUACUAAUUUAAUGUUAGCACGAUAGAAUAUUAAAGCGAAUUAAUUCUUACUUUACAAUCAAAAUAAAGUAAUUUCUUAAAUUUAAAAAUGGAGAGCGCAAAAAUGUAGACAAGAGAAGAACAACCUCUCGAAGGCAAUUUAAAGAGAUGGUUGAUCAAUUAAAGACCCAACCCGACAUAGCUAAGAACAUUGUUAAACAACAGCCAGAGAUUGUACAUGCAUUUUGGGAAAAUUUGGCAGAGACUUUAAAUUCCUUAGGUCCCCCAUUCAAAGAAAUAUCAGAAUGGAAGAAGGUUUGGUCAGACUUCAAAUCUUCUAUAAGAAAGAAAUUGAGUGUUAAUAAGAAAACAGCUGGAGAAGAGUCGGAAGAACAAUUUGUAACUAGCCUGGAAGAAGAAGUCAUACAAUUGGUGGGGCUCAGAAAUUCUGUUGAAGUUGUUCCUCAAACACGAUCUUUCGGUGUGCCCACAAAACGAAAAUUCGAAGAACCCGAGACAAUUUCCACCGAAUCUAUUCCACCCAUUUCUCCUCUGCCAAAUAUUGAAGCAGAAGUUUUUAAUAACGAUAAUGAUGUCUCUCAGGAACAGGAAGACGAUAGCAGUAGAAAUUUGUCUGAAAUUUCAACUUCCAAGAAAAAGAACACCGGGCAGACAAAAACUCAGUCGCAACUUUUGGAAGAUCUCAUAGGAAUUCAAAAGACGUUAAAUGAUAAAGUAUCAGUUGCUUUGAUCAAAAAUACAAAACAAACUCAAAAUCUCAAUACCAAAAUUGAAAAAAUAUUCGUUUCGUUGGACCGAUUGGGUGAGCAUGAAGCGAGGAGAAAUGAUAUUCUCCAGUCGCUGCUCGACGAGACCAGAAGACAUAACAGAAGAAUGGAGAAACUUGUUGUGGACAAAGAGCAAUAUCUCUCCGACAGUAUGUCUGAAUGA